CCCUCACACCGUGAUUACCAGCCAACCUUCCUCCGCAGAGCUGCGCGAACGCGACGCCAUCUUGGAUGGCCCGCCGGCGUCACCUGACCGCGCCCCCGCCCGUCGCCGCCGCGCUUUCCCUCGCGGUGAGGAGGCGAGGCCGGGUGCUGAGGGGUGAUUCGCUCCCUCGCUGGGGCUGUGGGUUAAAGCGGUCGCGUUCCGGCUGCGCGGGGGCUGACCCGGAGACAGGAAGUACCGACGGCUCCUCCCUUUGCCCUCCCGCUCCCCUCCUCUUCCUCGCCCAUGUCCAUACCAAGAUGGCUGGGGUCCCUUUGUAUUUUGUGGAUUUGCAGGAUGACUUAGAUGAUUUUGGGUUCGAAGAUUAUGGACCAGACUGUGACAGCAUGAGAAUAACUGCAUUCUUGGAUAUUCCUGGCCAGGACAACUUAACUCCACUGGCUCGUCUAGAAAAAUAUGCCUUCAGCGAUAACAUAUUUAACAGGCAGAUUAUUGCCAGAGGUCUUUUGGAUGUCUUUCGAGAUUUCAGUAGUAAUGAAGAAGACUUCCUGACUGUAAUGGAAAUAGUGGUCAGGCUCUCUGAAGAUGCAGAGCCGACUGUACGUACAGAGCUGAUGGAACAAAUACCUCCUAUUGCCAUUUUUCUGCAAGAAAAUCGACCAAAAUUCCCAACAGCGUUUUUUGAAUACCUUAUGCCCAUAGUAGUGAGAUACCUCACAGAUGUUAACAAUCAGGUUAGAAAGGCAGGUCAGGAAGCACUGCUUAUACUGCUAGAACAAGAUCUUGUUGCUCAGAGUGACAUUGAAAAUAAGGUGUGUCCAAUUCUGUUGGACCUCUCUGCUCCUGACAGUGAUGAUGAAUACAAGGUGGAAGCUGUGAAUAUAAUCUGUAAAAUGGCUUCUAUGUUGAGCAGAACAACAGUUGAGCACCUGCUGCUUCCUCGUUUCUGUGAACUGUGCAGUGAUGGGAAAUUGUUUCAAGUCCGAAAGAUUUGUGCAGCUAAUUUUGGUGACAUUUGUAAUGCAGUUGGGCAAGAAGCCACAGAAAGAUUGCUGAUUCCCAAAUUCUUUGAGCUCUGUUCUGAUAGUGUUUGGGGAAUGAGAAAAGCUUGUGCUGAAUGCUUUAUGGCAGUGUCUUAUACCACAUCCCCAGAAGUUCGCAGAAGCAAACUAUCCCCACUGUUUAUCAGUCUUAUUAGUGACACUUGCAGAUGGGUUCGUCAGGCUGCUUUUCAGUCUCUUGGCCCAUUUAUUUCUACCUUUGCAAACCCUUCGAGUGCUGGUCUUUACAUUCAAGAAGAUGGGACACUAAGUAUCCAACAGUCAACGCAAGAUGUGAAUUCCAAUUUGUGUCAGCCAAGCAACAAUAAAACUUUAAUGUCCUCCAGUACAAAUGCUACACUGUCCAGUUCAGAACAACCAAUGGAAAUCAAACUGGAAUCAUCGACUGAAGAGACUUCAGCUGAAGUUCAUACAAAGCUCUCUGUUGAGAACCUAAAUAAAGACACACAGGAGGAAAGUUCAUAUUGUUGUACCAAUCCUGGAGAAGAUGUGUCUCGAUUGUCUGAGGGUGACAGAGUUGCUGCUGGUGUCAUAGAAGUCACUAAGGACAGCAGUUUUCCUGGAAUGAACUCAAGGCUACAGUCUGCUGAGGACAUAUUUAAUACUUUUCUAUAUUGGCGCCCUCCUCUGCCUGAUAUAAGUCAGGAUCUGGAGUUGCUUCAGUUCAAGACUGAAACGCAUAAAGAUAGUUGUUCAGUGCCAUGUAAUAACUGUGUUGCUAGUACUGAAAUAAAAAAAGUUCUAGAAAGCUUACAAGAGCAUAUAGAUGAUCCAGAUGUUCAAGUUCAGGUCCAAGUGCUGUCUGCUGCUCUCAGAGCUGCUGAGUUUGAUUCUGUUGGUGACUAUGAGACCAAAAACAUGAAGGAAAGCAGUGGCAAAUUCCAGAAAAAAACAGUUUCAGAUGAAACAACUGUUUCAGAUGCUACCUGUAGCCAGGUGGAGGAGGACACUCUUUCAUCCCGUGCCUCCCAGGAUAACAUCAGUGACCAGUCUAUCACCUGUGUACUGAAAAGCACAAACUCGGAGGAACAACAUAGAGGAACCAGUGUAUUUUUAAAGAAAGAGCAAGAAAGUAAUUUGCCACUGGAUGAUGACAAGUCAAAAUUACAGGAUAUCAUACCUCAGCCUUUAUUAGACCAAUACUUGUCAAUGACUGACCCAGCUCGAGCCCAGACUGUUGAUACUGAAAUAGCCAAACACUGUGCGUAUAGUCUUCCUGGAGUGGCCUUGACACUGGGCAGGCAGAACUGGCACUGCCUGAAAGAUACAUAUGAGACGCUGGCUUCAGAUGUACAGUGGAAGGUACGUCGGACACUAGCUUUCUCCAUACAUGAACUAGCAGUUAUCCUGGGGGAUCAGCUAACAGCUGCUGACCUGGUGCCAAUUUUCAAUGGAUUCUUGAAAGAUCUGGAUGAAGUGCGUAUUGGUGUCCUUAAACAUCUAUAUGACUUCCUGAAGUUACUUCAUGCAGACAAAAGGCGAGAGUAUCUUUAUCAACUUCAGGAAUUUGUGGUGACUGAUAACAGCAGGAACUGGAGGUUUCGUUACGAGCUGGCAGAGCAGCUAAUCCUGAUACUGGAGCUCUAUAAUCCCAAUGAUGUCUAUGACUACUUAAGACAUAUUGCACUAACUCUCUGCUCCGAUAAAGUUUCAGAAGUCCGGUGGAUCUCUUUCAGACUGGUUGUGGCAAUACUACAGAAGUUCUAUGCAAACAAUGCAAAUGCACUGGGAUUAAAUUUCAUUAAUGAACUCGUGGUGCGGUUUCGCCACUGCUCCAAGUGGGUUGGAAGACAAGCUUUUGCCUUCAUUUGUCAGGCCGUAGUAGAAGAAGAAUGUAUGCCUGUCGACCAGUUUGUUGAACACUUACUCCCCAGUCUGUUAAGUCUUGCUUCAGAUCCUGUGCCAAAUGUAAGGGUUCUGCUGGCCAAGGCUCUAAGGCAGACCUUACUGGAGAAAGCUUAUUUUAAAAGCGUUGGUAAUCCUCAUCUAGAAGCUGCAGAAGAGACCAUUUUAGCCCUGCAGUCUGACAGAGAUCAAGAUGUGUCCUUCUUUGCCACCAUAAAACUAAAACAGGGUAACAUGGACAAUACUACCAUUGACAAACAAAACUAAUGUGGUGUUCUGCAGUAAACACUGAACAGCACAAUGGUUAUUCACCUUAUGUUCACAGUUGGUAUGAAUAAUGUGUACGAGUAAGAAAGUUGUUACCUACUUGACCUGGAAAGGUUGUAUUAAAACUGUUAGGGUCUUCAUUUCAUGCCUGUGUUUCAUUUAAGGCUGUGUUUUUGUCUCAUAUGCAUGAAUACUUCCUUUGGUCUUUUGUUUCUUUGUAAAUGUGGGUGAUAACUGAUCUCGCCUGCAGUUAAGUAUUUCAUGUAAGUCCUACACCAUAUUCAGUGUUUCGGUGUAAUUGAAAUUUGUAUUUCCUUUUUAACAAAACAUUUACAGUAGUAGAGAAGUCUACUAUAAGAUCAGAAUGGUUUCUAAACCUUCAAACCUGUUUUAUAGCAAACCUAUGUGAAGAUACUCUCCUCACUUUCAUUGUAGUUUUUGUAUUGUUUCAAGUAUUGCAUUUUAACUGAAAAAAGUGUAUAUAUGUGAAUAGUUUUGAAUUUUAUCAAAAAGCAAUGA